UCUUAUUUUAAAUUGAAUUCAUUUCGGAGAGCAGUUGGCAACGGACUAUCGUCUAUGUCGGAUGCAGAAGCAUACGCGGGGACAACAGUGCAACAUUAAAUAUACAUACAUACGGUCCUAUCUGGGUGCAUAUGGACUCCAAAGUUAACACUUUCGAGGCGCCCCCAAGUGGCAUUCCGUUUAGAGUCGCGUGUAGAUAGAGCUCGCUGCGUUUGUUACAUUUGACCCGAAUUCUUUUGGGCUGAAAAUUCAUAUACUUUCGCAAAGGUUUUUAUAUAAGAGGGAGAGGCGAGCAUUAUUUUUAAUUUAGCUGUUGAUAUUAUGCAUAAAGCGGAAAAUCAAAGAGAAAACAAACAUCAAAACGGAACACCGAAGCCGGGAGAGUGAGUGAGUGAUCGAGUGAGUGACUGUAGAGAUCGCUGGGAGGAGAACAGAAGGCGGCCUGGUUCUAAAAUCUUGUCGGGGCGAGAGAUCUGAAAUUCCGUAUUGUGUGCGGAUACAUAUCUAGAUAGAUACAUAUACUUAUACAUAUGUAUGUAUCUACUACAUGCAUAGUGUGUCGUGUCGGAGAUUAUUGUUUGGUGAAUUUCCACUACCACAAUUGCAGCAUCAGUCCGUCCCCUUCCCGAAAGUCCAUUCACGAAACGUUUACAAAGUGCUGGUCAGGCCCUACCAGACCAGGAAGUAAAACGCAGCAAACUGAACAAUUCAUCUCGUAAUUUACUUUGGCUGUAGACAGAAGCGGCGGACAACGCACAUAAAUACGGAUACGAGUACUACUAGCGCGUAUAAAGGAGGAAUCCAACAGAUAUAGAAUUGUUUUCCUUUGGCGCUGUUUCUGCGGCUGUCGCUAUAAAUAUUUACAAAAUGUAAAUACAUAAGACUCCGAAUCGCUAGAAUUCAAAUUGAAUCAGGGAUAAUCCAAGCGGCAAGUGAAGUGAUGUGAAGUGAGAAAAUUUAGCACGAGACAAUUUUUUCAAUCGAAAAGAUCCUAUGUAAACAGGCAAAAUGUCUAAGAAGCCACGCGGAAACAUUCACAAGAUCCGGGAGUUCGAGUUGGAGAAGAUCCAGCUUGUGGACGAGUUCGAUAUAAUACAAAUUGUGGGUGAAGGAUGGUUCGGCAAGAUACUACUGGUGGAGCACCGCGGAUCCCAGACAGAAAUGGUACUCAAGGCCGUACCCAAACCAUAUGUGACGCUGCGCGACUUCUAUCGGGAGUUUCACUACGGACUCCAUUUGGGUGUGCAUCGGCAUAUUGUGACCACCUACGAUGUGGCAUUUGAGACGGCCGGUUUCUAUGUAUUCACCCAGGAAUAUGCGCCUCUAGGGGAUCUCACAUCGAAUGUGACGGAUACGGGCGUGGGCGAGGUGUACAGCAAGCGCGUGGCCAAGCAGUUGGCCUCCGCCAUAGACUACAUGCAUUCAAAAGACAUUGUGCAUCGGGACAUCAAGUUGGAUAAUGUGCUCAUCUACCGCGCGGACUUUCAGCGCAUAAAGUUGUGUGAUUUCGGAGAGUCCUUCCCGACGGGCGCCAGCGUGGAGCGGCGGAACGAGUGGCUGCCCUACAGUCCCCCUGAAGUAUUAGAAAUAAAGCCCGAAGGCAGCUACAAAGCCGAUCCUAGCCAUGAUGUUUGGCAGUUUGGAAUCGUGAUCUUUGUCUGCUUGACCGGGUGCCUGCCCUGGCAGAAGGCAGCCUCGGAUGAUCCCCGCUAUGUGCGGUACUUGGCCUGGCAGGGGGGCCUCAUGAUGAUGCCGCUGCGGCGCACGCCUCGACUCUUCAAGCUGCUUACCUCCAAUGCCCAGCGCAUGUUUAAGCGGUUCUUCGCGCGAAUGUCGAACCGCCCCAAGAGUCUGGCCGAUGUCACAAAGUUCCUCGACGAUCGCUGGCUGGCAAAGUCGGCAAAGAAGGAUAUGGCCGAGUAUGAGACGGAUGAGCUGUGCCCAUCCAUGUACUCUUUUCACAGCAGCCCCGAUGAGAAGAAUCGACUUCUCUACACAUUGGCCGACUGCGGGAUCGAGACGAAUGUCGAUCGCCAGCAGAAGAAGAAUCGCAUCAAAGACUGGAUAGAGUCGUCCAUCAUCACAGAGGAGGAUGAGGAGGAGAACGAGGAGACAAACUCCGCAUCUCCCUCAUCAUCCGUUUCACGCGAGCCGCUGCCCGGCCACAUAUCCUCGCUGCGCAAACAGACGCAGGAACAGAUCCCCAAGGAGGUCAAGAGCACCUUGAAAGACGCCACACAGAAACACUUCGAUCCACGCACGGGGGCCCUGCAGCAGGGUCCCAGCGAAAUGGGCCAAGUGGCCAUGCAAUAUUCCAAGUCCGCCAGUCCCUCCAACUAUAGCACGGCUUCCACUCUGAACAAUGCAGACAGCCUGAUGACACUGGGCUCCAGGCAGGAUCUGCUAGCCAGCAACCUGACCAUGUACACCUCCAUGGAGACGGAGCUGAAUCGACUAGGUGAGGCUGAUCCGAGAAUACCGCGCAGCGAUGGCUUCCUAAAUCGCACGCAGAGCAGCGGCCUCCUGCUAACCACAUUCGAUGUGAACGCGUCUCCGGCCAAUCCGGCGAAUAACAGUCGUCCAACCCCCGCUGCCAAGAACUCCAUCGCCGUAGGCACCCGCAGCUCGACCAGGAGCAUUCUUAAAUCCUCCAUCGCCACCGCUGCUUACCCCGCUUUCGGCAGCAAUAACCAGAGCAGUAGCCUGCAGCAGCUGACCCAGCAUUUCCAGACAACCGCCUAUGCCCCCAAUGACAGUUCCUUCUUUAGGCGAUGACUCCCGCUGGCCUUACUAAUCGCCUCCAAUCAUCCUUGCCAAACUUUCAGAGCUGUGCAGUUUCCAUCCAAUGUUAUCUAAUGUUCCAUAUGCUUCUCAAGUUAAAGACAGUGCCUACGGAUCGGCCGACGUUAGUGAGA